AGUUUUUUGUAAGUUGUGAAAAUAAUUAGUCGAGUUCUUCAAUAGUUUUAGAUUCUUCGAAAGAAUAAUUACGGAAAGUUACUGUCACGUACAUAGCGAUAGUUUAACUUAUUUCCAUAGGAUCGUUCUUACAAAUAACAUUAAUUUUCAAGAAAGUCAUCAUGAGUGAUUCACCAGAUCAAAAUGACCCACCAAAAGAUCCUAAAGAGUUGGAGAAGCUUGAGGAAGCAAAACUUAAAGCUAAAUUUCCUAAUGCCAUGUUGGGAAGAGGACCAAGUGGGCACUCAGCUUUCCUUCAAAAAAGAUUAGCAAAAGGGCAAAAGUUCUUUGAUUCGGGUGAUUAUCAAAUGGCAAAGCAAAGGCCUGGUAAUCUGGCAGCUCCAUUCAAAGCUCCUGCUGUUCCACCCAAACUGCCUACUGGUGAUGCCAUUCCUACUCCAGAGACAGUGCCUGUGCGUAAAACAUCAAUCAUCCAACCCAAGUUCCAGUCUUCAAGCCAAAAUUCCUAGCCUUAUCUGCUGUAGGCAAUAUGCCACAUCACUAACAAUUAUACGAAAAUUGGUUUUGCUAAUGCCUUGCACUUGAGCAUUGUUAAUAUUUUUUGUGAUCACCAUUAUUAGUGGCAUAUUAAUUGUCUUAAAGUUACUCUCAUAUCACAGUUUUUCACCUUCAUGAAUUUGUAUUAUUUCGCUUUGAAUUUGUUGAAGUUUAAGAAACAUCUUUAAGAACAACUGUUAUUAAAUGAUAAUAUUGAAUGUGAGAAACAAUUAUGUUGUUAAAAAUUAAUUAUUUCACUAGCUGUUAGAUAGGUAGAGGAGACAUUUAGGUAAGAACACUUGUCGUUAAAAUCACAGUAACAUCAAUUGAACUCAAGAAAAUAAUUCUUCUGAUUUUUUCAAUUCUAGAUGUUGUGUGUUCCUAAUUCAUUAUAUUAAAAUCACAUUACCAUUAUGCGCCUACAUUAAAGACAUUUUUAACUUUCUGUAUAUAGCAUAGCAUUAAUUAUGGCUGCCAAAUGUCAUUCUUAUGCCAUGUUUGAAUGUCGAAUUGUAUGGGAACGAAAGUAUAAGAGGUACAUACAUUUUCAUGUACUCCUAAUUCUAAUAAAUAAAUGACCUUUAUUUUUAUAAGAACUUGACUUUGUACAUACUCAUAUCCAAAAAACACCUAAAAUCAUUCAAUAAUUUUUUCUAUGAUAUGUACUCCAGUAGAUCUGCAUUUCCUAUUUCCCCAUGCAUGUUAGAUAUUGUGAUAGACAUGCGAUUUUCAGUUAAUUCUUUUCGGCUUUGAUUUGAACAACGACCUCUUGAAAUGACUGUCAAAUUGUCUUCUUAAUACACAAUCAUGAAAGACACUAAUUUAUUUUCAUAUAACUGCUUUUUAAAUCGGUAUGUAGUACUUAUAAAGCACGCGAGGGAUUGUACAAACCGCCAUUUGUAAAUGUUGACAUAGGGGAUGAUAUGUGUUAGGAAGUAAAGAAUGUGGGAGAGAAUAAGAUUAUAUAAUAAAUUCUUGAU